AUGCGGUUGGAGACGUUGAUUUUGGCCAUCGGGAUGCUCGCCGUCACUACGGCCUUCCCUGGAGACCGACGCGCUCGACGCCCUCGCUGGGGUAAUAUGACGACGGAUCAGGUGGCUGAAUUCAAAAAGUCUCUGCGCCGAACGAACGUCGACCGCUUCCACAGCGCCCUGGAGCGAUUGCGUGAAUCGGCGAGGGGCUCACAGAGUGACAGCGAGAUUAAGAAAUAUAAUGAACGUAUCAAGAAAAUCGGACAGAGGACGCUCUCAGAAUCGGCGCGGAAGCUUGAAAAAGAUUUGGUGGAAGUGAAUGCGGAUCUUGGGGUGGCUGAGAAUUUGUAUGGGGGAGAUAUGGUGUUGACUGAUUCCCUGACGGUUGAUGCCAGAUGGUUUCCAGAGGCGAUCCGUGGGAAACGUCAGGCCGUGAAAGGAUCGAAACUCUGGGCCAACAACACCGUCUACUACCAGUUCGACUCAUCCCUACCGGCCGAUGCACAGACGGGAGCCCGGUUGGCAAUCGCCUUCUGGGGCAACAUGACAUGUGUCGAUUUUGUGGAGAGCGCUACCGCAAAGAAUCGUAUCCGUUUCUACGAAGGUAGCGGCUGUUGGUCGGGGUUGGGCAUGGUCGGAGGGGUGCAAGAUCUCUCCCUCGGCUAUGGAUGUCAUUCGUUCCGAACGGCGGCCCACGAGAUUGGUCAUGCACUCGGCUUCCAGCACACCCAUUCGAGGGAGGACCGCGAUACGGCAAUUAGUGUCUUACCCGCAAACAUUGACAACGGAUGGGCUCCGUCGUUUGAAAAGGCAGCAGCGGGUACAAUCUACAACUACGGGAUGCCAUACGACUACGGUAGCGUGAUGCACUACGGUCCGUACGAUGUUUCGUGGAAUAAGCAACCGACUAUGGUAGCAAAGGUAGCCCCCUAUCAAGAAAAUAUGGGAUCAGCCGUUGUCUCUUUCUACGACGUUUCGAUGAUGAACGAGCAUUACAGCUGUAAAGCCAAGUGCACCUGCGGGGCAACCUGCUGUAAUGGGGGCUUCAGAAACUCGAGGAAUUGCAACACUUGCAUCUGUCCCUACGGAUGGGCGGGGCCCACCUGCAAUCAGAGGUCACCCGGCUGCGGUGCCGAUCUCACCGCCACCGCAACAACACAAGAGCAAGUUAUGUCGGUGGGGAAAGCAGACUGGGUGCUGAUGCCAUCAUUCGCCACUUGUGUCUAUCAUAUUAAGGCCCCGGCCGGGAUGAAGGUGGAAUUGACGAUGAACAACCUGGUCAACGUUCAAUGCAUUAAUGGGUGUUAUUUCACGGGGAUUGAGGUGAAAGCCACGAAGGAUCAUCGCUACACUGGUAUCAGAUCGUGCUGCGGCGAGGACAACGGCAAGACGAUCGUUUCCGAGGGCAAUAUUGUCCCAGUCAUAAUCUUCAGUCGACUCGGAACGUUUGGCGUCACGUUGCGCUACAAAGCCGUCUCGGCCGCCACCGCGUCGACCGUCGUCGCGAGCCAGAUUGCCGACUCGCGCCCGACUUAU